CUCCUCCCUAUGGUUCCCGUUUAACCGAACGUAGUAUUUGAUAAACUCCCAGCAGACGGGAGGUUGUGUUCCGGAAAGAACAGGUAGUGCGGGAGAGACCAGAGGUUGUUAAGAGGUUAUGGUGGCAGGGAAGGAAUCAGCGUCGGUUCAGUCAGUUUCAUGACAGCUUUGUGGAGCAGGGGAGUCAGCUGUGUGCAGUGGGCAGAGUCCGGCUGCUGGGAGUUUCCAUUCGGACAGGUGAAGCGAGAAUGGAACCGGUACUGAGUCAGGAGGUUAUCACCAGCUUUCUGGUGCAAGCUGGAGGCAAAGUCAGGAACUCGGAGCUGCUUCACAACUUCGGGAGUGAGCUGGCGCCGAGCGAUCCGGAUGGAAAGAGGACAGCCCGGGAGCUCUUCAAAAAGUUCGUCAAUAACGUGGCGGUGGUACGAGAAGAGGGAGGCGUCAAGUUUGUGGUGUUGAAGAAGAAAUGGCAGCACCUGGUCACCGCCCAGCAGACCCGCUCAGCGGUACCGGGCCCAGGGGAAGGACAGCUCGCCCAGGUGCCAGGCAAGGGGGAGAGUUUGCGGAACUUGGUGGAAGCUGGCCGGGUUACGGAGGUCUCCCAGGGGCCGGGAGCUAGGAGGAACUCAGCCCCUUCGGCACUGACACCCAGUCAGGUUCGAGCCCUGAGCGGCUUGUCAGCUCAUGUGCAAAACCAAAAGGAUACCCCCACCGAGACUAGCCCCCUGGCUUCAAAACCUGACCCAGUGGUGGGAGAGUGGCAGAGCUGGACUGCAUCCCAGGCUAUGCACCAUGCCAAGAGUCAUAGCCUCGAACACAUCAUGGAGAGUCAACAUCUCGUUUCCGAGAGUCGCCCCUUGGCACAAGAAGCUGCUGCUGAGCAGAGCUUAUGGAGGGAGGCUGUUUCAACUUCUGAAUGUCCCAGCCCUUCUGCAGAUCAGGCUAACACUGUGCUUACUUCUCACCCUGCUCCUGAACCUGAGCACCCGCUUCCUCUUUCCCACUCCCCUACUGAGGACAGCACUUUAAGUUUUGAGCAGAAAGUUGGACACUAUGAAGCCAAGGCCAAUGAUAUUAUCCCACAAGGAUCUCCAAAGACAACAUUAGCUCAGAAUCCAAAACCACAUAUGCACCCACUUCGCUUGCCUCCAGACUCCACUAGAUAUGGUAAUUGCCACAGCCUCAAACAAGACAAGGAGAAGGAGUCAGAAGAUAUUGUUCCAACCAAGAAUAUGUGCCAAGUAGUUUCAGGUGACCAAGAUGCCCCCAAAGCACCCAAAAUGAAAAGGAAUCAGCCAACAGAAAUGGGCUGCAGUUCACCUAAUUUAAAGAGAACUUCCAGGCUUUUGAAGUUUCCUGAAGAUGUUCGUUUCUCUGAUCAAGUACCCUUAGAUCCAAUUGAACAUGAUUGGAUUGUGAAAACAGCCUUGGGCCAAUGGACCCAAGUGUCGGGACUGCUGCUGAGAGACAGUUAUUUGGCUGAGAAGAAGGAUUUCAUGUCUGGCUUCACAGCUGUCCAUUGGGCUGCGAAAUCCGGCAACAGUGAAAUGAUGUGUUGGAUCAUUGAUACGGCUGAGCAACAUGGCAUCAAAAUGGAUGUCAACUCCAAAGCUUAUGGUGGUUACACUCCCCUGCACAUAGCUGCUAUACAUGACAAGGAGAAUAUCAUUGUUGACCUGGUACAAAACUAUGGAGCAAAAACAACUCUAAGGGACUAUAGUGGCAAGCGACCAUACCAUUACUUAAAUAAGAAUAAUUCCAUCAAAGUGAAGCAACUGUUAGGGGACCCAGACAGUUUCAUCAGUGAAUCCAUUCCUUAUAAAAGGGGGUCAAAGGUGGCAUCUUCCAUCCUGAGCAGCACAAAUACACUGCUGGGUGCAUUAGCUGAUGAUAUAAGCUUCCAGGAGUUUUCUAAAUCAUUGAAAAAACCGCCUAAUUUCAGCAAAUUCUUUACAGCUCCAACUGGACACAAGAAAAGAACUAAAAUGCGUGCGAGCUUUGCAUCACUGAAUGAAGAGGAAGAAGAAAAAGAGAUUGUUCCGAAACGUCGACCUGUGACUGAAGUGUUUUACUAACUUCUUUCCGUAAUUUUUAAAAGGAUUACAAUGGAUCAGUGGGGAACUACUUCUUCUAUUGCUGUGUUAAUAUGUUACGUGAUCUUUGGGUGAUUUUGUGGGUCAAAAUGUAAUCUUUUGAACUAACUAGUGUUUAAAAAUUAUUAUUGUGUUGCUGUUUAUACUUAGUAGCAUCUAAUGAUAAAGUUGUUUCAUUUCUCGAA